AAACCCCCUUCCCCCAAAAUUUUUGAUCUCCCUCCUCCGGUCCUCCUCCCCUGCCCCUCCCUACCAAAUCCGCCGGGCCAAACCCUAGAGGAGCCGGCCGCCAUUCCUCCGGAGGCGAGCGGGUUGGGGGAGAGCGCCGCCAUGAGCCGCCGUCGCGCCAGCCAGGUGCAGGCGCAGGCGCAGGCGCAGGCGCUCAUCGACCUGGACAGCGACGCUGAGGAUGAGUCCCAAAAUAAGCGUUCCCGAACAAGUAGAACGACAGCAUUGAAGACAUCUGGGAGACCCAAACAUGUAUUACCUUCCUUUUAUGAUAACCUCCCCAAAAACAGAAGCUCACGCAAUGCAACUAGCAGGAGGGACAAGGGGAAUCAAGACAAGUUGAAUACUGAUAUUUUUGAAUUAUACAUGGAGGAUCUUUGGAAGCACAUUGAUGAAGACAAGAAGAGUGCUUAUGCGUACUUUGAUUCUUUAUGGUUUAACAUGUAUUACCGUGGGCGUAAUAUACCAAAUGUCCUUAAAUGGAUAAAGGCUAAGAGAAUAUUUUCAAGACAAUAUGUUUUUGUUCCUAUUGUUUGUUCUGGACACUGGAGCCUCCUUGUCUUAUGCCACUUUGACGAGGCAAACUGCUCUGAUAUUAAGAAGGGACCACGCAUGAUAGUACUGGACUCACUUAAUACGACAGAUCCGACGAGGUUGCAAUCAUACAUCAGAAAAUUCAUUGUUGACAUUUACGAAACCGAAGAGCGGGAAGAAAGCAAGCAGUUCAUUAACAAAAUCCGCCUCGAGUUUCCCAAGGUGCCACAGCAAAAUGGGGAUGAGUGUGGGAUUUAUGUUCUUUAUUUCAUCCAGUGUUUUCUUCAGAACAAAAAACUAGCAGAAGUUCUUGAAAACAAAAAAUUGGAAGAAGAUUUCACCCAGCUGCUUGAUGAUGGCUGGUUUAACCCAGAGGAACUAGAGAACCUCCGCAAGGAUAUCCAUUCGUUCCAAGCGAAUCGGAAUAGCGAAAUUGCAGAUUAUGGUACAUAACAAGAUGGUGCCAAGUAUAUUAGUUGGCACCAUCAUCCAAUAUAGUAGUAUAUACAUUCUGCUGAGUUUCAUCUUCACAAGCGGCUCAUUGAGGAAAUUUGAACAUUGUUUGAGAAUCUAUUGUAGUGCAGUUUUAUGCAUGGAAGAGAGAUAUUUAUACUUGCCCAAACAUAGAGCUUCGUUGACAGCUAGUUUCCAGUCCUGCAGACCGACUCUUGGGGUGUUCCUUUUCCUCAAAGAAGCUUAGAUGUUAAUACAUUUAUCAUAUUCUAGCAAUUAAACUCGGUAGCUAUACAUUAUGUCAGGAACUGCUAGGUGAGAUUACCGUCACCCUUUCGGAAAUAUUGUAGCAGGGGUGCAUACCAUGUACUAGUGUAUGUAUUUGCACUCGAGCAAUGUUGUAUGAGACCCCUAUAAUAUCUGGGUAACACAAUUACAGUUGCCUACUCGUGCUGAAAUGGUGUCGUGGUAGCUAGAAAUUCGCGGCAUGUGCUGUGGCUAUCAUGUUGCUGGGAUCUGAUGUGUAUGCUGUUGCUGUUGUGCCCGAUAGAGAUCAGAUCACAUGAGGUGUGUGGUGCCCGGGAGCUCAAAUGCAGUGGAUAAUUCUGUGCCAUGUCUGUGAACAUGCACUGGCAUCA